AUGUGGGGCAUUGCUGUAGUGGUACUAGUGGUGACAGGUUCUGUCUCCUGCUACACCACCUGUCCUGAUGGGAAAGUCUGCCCGGAUCAGUCCAGCUGCUGUGUGACCAAUGGAGAAUAUGCCUGUUGCCCCGUUCCCAGUAGUGAUGACACUGCACUGGACAUCUCUUUAGUGUGGUGUGACUCCAGAACUAGUUGCUCCGACGGUACCACCUGCUGUCGUCUAGCUUCAGGCAGUUGGGGCUGCUGCCCCUCUCCCCAUGCUGUGUGCUGUAAGGAUGGGCUGCACUGCUGCCCUUACGGUUAUAGGUGUAGCAACCCCUUCACACAGUGUGUGAGAUCUGAUGGACUGAGGUACCCCUUUAUUCCCAAGCAGACCUUUUCCGUGAUCAAAGCCACCAAGGUCUCCAAGCCGGAGAAUGAGGUCUCUGACAAGAGGACUGCAGAGGGAGUGAUUUCCCCUUCCCUCCCCCUACUCCAGUCGUAUGCUGUCCCUCUCCACAGAGAUGAUCCUCAACUGGACAUCUCUGUCUCUUUAGUGUGGUGUGACUCCAGAACUAGUUGCCCCGACGGUACCACCUGCUGUCGUCUAGCUUCAGGCAGUUGGGGCUGCUGCCCCUUUCCCAGUGGUGUGUGCUGUUGGGAUGGGCUGCACUGCUGCCCUUACGGUUAUAGGUGUACUGUUCCUAUGCUCGGGUGUGUGAGAUCUGAUGGACUGAGGUACCCUUUUAUUCCCAAGCAGACCUUUUCCGUGAUCAAAGCCACCAAGGUCUCCAAGCCGGAGAAUGAGGUCUCUGACGAGGUACCACAACAUGCAACCUAGACAGCCAAUACGAGCAAGAGGCCCUGUUUCCUUCCAAUUAAUAAAAAAACA